CAAUGCAAAGUAAGCAUGAGUGCUAUCUUUCUGAUGUCCGUUCUUUUUGGCCUUGCAUGUGGACAAGCAACGUCGUUUUGUAUUCCAACUGACUACAUGAUGCAUGUUGACAGGCAAGAAUGUGCUUACUGCCUAACCAUCAAUACCACCAUCUGCGCUGGGUAUUGUAUGACACGGGAUGUCAAUGGCAAGCUGUUUCUCCCCAAAUAUGUUCUGUCCCAGGAUGUUUGUACAUAUGGAGACUUCACGUACAAGACGGUAGAAAUACCAGGAUGCCCACACCAUGUGGCUCCUUAUUUUUCCUAUCCUGUAGCUGUGAGCUGUAGGUGUGGCAUGUGUAACACCGACUAUACUGACUGUGUAGAUGAGCCCAUCGAGAUAAACUACUGCACCAAACCUCAGAAGUCCUACGUGGUGGGAUUUUCUAUCUAACUUCAAUAGCAAUGUAAUGUGCAAUUCGGUUAAAUGUAUUUGCCUGGAAUAAAACUAAUAACAUAUCAAUAUAUUUCACAACACACUGUGUACAUUUCGAGUACUGUGUCAUCCGUACCCAUACCCAUGCAUGCACG